AUGGCCCUGGACUCAAUUAAAUCUGGUGAAAAUAUAACGGACCAGAAACUGGACCUUCGAAAACUUCCAACGACUGCUUUUCUGGAACAAAUUUUGUUAUACAUUGAGACAAGUAGUCCUCUCAAUCUUUCUCCGGUGACCCAGCUUAUUAGACAAGAAAUAGUUACCCGCGUAUCAACAAUAGAAUUCCGUUACAUAUGUAUAAAACUUCCAUAUCUCUUCUUUAUUAAUAACAAAGAAAAUUUUGAUUUAAUAAAAUCCGAACAAAAGCAAUGGUUAACUUAUUGGGUUAUUUAUGGUUGGCUUCAGGUUGCUGAUCAUUGGUCUAGUUGGUUACUUGAAUUCAUUCCUGGUUAUAAUUUUUUAAAAUUGGUAUUUUUAUAUUGGGCACAAAGUGAUCGUUCUAGAGGUGCUUCAUUAAUUUUUGAACGCGUCUUAAAACCUCUUUUACAAAACGUAACAUCUACUGUAUUUAGACAUGAUAAGCAUGAAUCACUCGAAGAAAUUUGGAGAGAUCCUGAACGUGAAAAUGAAGUGAAACCGUAUCGGUUGGAUAAUGUGUGA